UUAAUAAAUAAAAAAUGUCCGAAUUCCAAGAAAAUAAAUAUGGUUCUCAUAACUCAUCUGAACAAAUUGCUUAAAAUAACUUAAACUCCUAUAAGCCGCCUUCCUCAACAUAAGUUCCUGCUCAAAAUGCUCAUCCCGCAAACACUACUCAUCCUUUAGUCUAAUCUCACGUUGUAUCCUAACCCGUCUCCUAUUUACCUUACUAAUAAUAACCUUUAGUUUAAAACCUUCCUUAAUAAGUAAAUUACUUACAAUAAGCUCCCGUAUAAUACGUAUCCUAACCUGCUUUGUAAUCUUCCACUGUCUAAUAUGUCUAAUAACCUAAUGUCCAAUACGUAAGCUAACCCAUGGUUUAAUAAUAAUAAGUCGUAUAAUAACCAUAAUCCGCAUCAUUAGUAUUCUAAGGUAGUGUAUUGACCUAAUAAUAACGCGAAGCAAUAAAAGGAGAAUCAAGAAUCGAAUACGUACCUUACGAAAAAUCCAUGAUAGAAUACGAGGCAAUUUAAAGAACAGAAUAUAUUCCUAAAGAAAAAAGAAUAACUGACUAUUAUGCAGUUGAAUACCAAACUGAAUAUAUCCCCUAAGUUUAUCAAGAUAGAUAUAUUGAAUAUAUUCCAUAAGAAAGAGUCCAAGAAAGAGUAGAAUAUCAAGCAAUUGAAAAAUAAAUUGUACACUAACCUGUAUAAGAAGUUUAAUAAUCCUAAGUUGUAGUUUAAUAAGUUCCUGUUGUCUAAUAGCAAUAUGUCACUUAAUAAGUUGUCUAAUAACCUGUAUAAUAAGUUUCAUAUGUCUAAUAACCUGUUUAAUCAGUUUAAUAUGUCUAAUAACCCAUUACUACUACUUAAGUUGUCUAAUAACCUGCUGUUCUUUAAUAAUCUUAAGUUGUUCAUUAACCUGCUGUUAUGACUAAUUCAUAUGCUUAUAAUUAACCUGCUGUUUAAUAUUUGUCAACUUAAGGAGCUUUACCUAUUGCUAGUGGUUCCAUAUAUAGAGGUCAAGCAGGACUCUUACCUGGUCAAAGUGGAGUUUUAACAGGAUAAAAUAGAGUAUUUUAAUCACCUGAUAAAAAGAAAGAAAAAGGCUUCUUAGAAAGAAUUUUUGAAUGAAGAGAAUAAUUGAUUUUUAAUUAUUAUUAAAUUAAUAUAAUAAUUAUAAUCUUUAUUAUUAUUGAGAUCUAUAAUUAUAUUAAAUAUAUAUUUAUGUUAUUUUUAUUUUCUUUUUCAUUUUUUUUUCUUAUAUAAAAAAUUAAAGAAUAUUUUUUAUAU